CUGCUUGAUUACCAGCGUAUCACAUGUUGUAUGGUUGUGUAAGAAGUACUCAUUUCUAUACAUAUUAUGGGCAAUACUCGCCGUGUUUAAUAAAUCAUAAUAGCAUAUCAAUAGUACACAGUCGAAAAUAAUCUGAUAUUUAUAGUCUUCCAUUUAUUGGGUUCGAGCUUCUUAUUGCCCGUGGUUGUGUUGUUAAAUUAAAAUAUAUCAAUUAUGUCGGUCAUAGUUGGACUACAGGAUGAGGUUAUACCUCGCAAAGUGGCACAUCAGUUACCUUGGUGGGAAAACAGGCUCGGGGGAUUCCCGACCUGGCUGUCCAAAGAAUCUCCUCCGGCCAGCACACUCAGGUGCAAACGGUGUGGGCUGAAAUUGGCUCUGAUUAUACAAAUCAAUGCGCCGAGCACAGACAGCGAGACUGAGCAGCGGGUUUUGUAUCUGUACGGUUGUACAAAGUGGGCGUGCACGAAUGAGGCAGGUGGCUGGUGCGUGCUGCGAGGUGUGAGAGCUACCACCAGGACAAGCGCAGCGGGCCCUACCCCACCGAGCAACACCACAGCCGCCAAGCCCAGUACCUCCUCUUCUACUACAGCCAACACACUACCCACACCCAGCACCACCACCACACACGGACUGACCUCAGGCUCAUACAAAUCAGCAGCGCUGAAGGUCCCCGCAGAGGAUGCGUGGGGUGUGGAGGCGGACGAUUGGGGUGUGGAUGGCGAUGCAGGACAGGACAAGGCGUGGGGGGCGGAUAACAGCGACGGGGCCGAGGAAGUCUCCAUGACAGAACUUACGGAUCUUUUGAGUAAGCGAGAUGCCCACAUACAGGCGUUGCCUAAGAAUAUACUGAACAAAAUUUUGGUCCAAAAAGCUGAACCCGGUCCGAAAGAGGAGGCCGAAGACAGCCUGAGUGGCGCAAUGGCGCGGUUGAAUGUUGAUGACAAACAGGACUGGUCCUCCGACACGGGUGCAGACACGAUGGGUGAUGACGUAGCCUUCCAAGGAUACUAUAUAUGGGCAUCGGGUGAACCAGAGCCGAUGAAAGCCUCUAAGCACGAGUUGAAGCUACUUAAACAGUAUGAGCAAGAGAACGGCAAAGCCUCGUUUGACUCGCAGUCAGAGGAAUGGCAAUCCGAGAAAUACGAGAGCGUGGGUGGCGCACCCGAUGCGAAGGCGUUCUAUCGAUUCGUUAAACGCUUAGAGCGAGAGCCCAACCAGGUGUUCCGGUAUGAGUACGCGGGCGAGUCAUUGAAUACCAAGGCCACUUCGCCGAAGGUCCCUCUGUGUGAGCACUGUGGGGCACCGAGAUUCUUCGAGAUACAAUGCUUCCCAAAGCUGCUGUCCUGUUUAUCUUUAGAGGACCGGUCCACGGGUUCAGGUGCAGAGGCCGAUGAUG